CUAAAGUCUGGAUUCAGGACAGAGGGACAGUAUUUUAGUUGCUGAUAUGUGAUGCUGACGCUGUGCUGCAUGAAGAAGUUUUCAUUUAUAAAUGUUGGACUUGUGCCCAGACUGCUAUGGUAGAAUCUGGAAGAAAACACAAUAAGGAGAAGAACGUCAGACCAAUUUUGCAGGAACAUAUGUGGGGGGGAAAAGGCUUUAACAAAAGACAUUUUUCAAACAGUGAAAGAACUAGACCAUGGACAAUAGUUAUGAAUCUUUAAAAAUCUAUCCUGCGUCAACCACUAUUAUCCAUGCAGAGUCAAAAGAAUGCUUUAUCUGUCGAGAAGGAGACGAGAUGGGUUGUGACGCUCUGCUGCACUUCUGUGACUGCAAAAACCUGAUUGCUCACCAGAAGUGUGUGCUAACCUGGAUACAAAAGAGUUCUGAUAAUCAAGAUAGAGCAAGAUGCAAAGUAUGUACAGCUGAGUACCAGCUACAGAAAGGAUCAGUGUGGAGAAUCCUGUUUUGUCACUGGCAGAAUUGGCUCUUCUUCUGCUUGGUCCUGGCAGUAAUGACUAUCAUUCCCCUUGCAGUCUAUCGAAUGAUGGUAGCUUUUAAGGACCCUCCACCCAGUGCUGUAUUCCAUGCAGCAGCUGUGUGCUUUGGAGUUCUCGCAGAGACUCUUCUGAUCAAAUACGUAUUGUAUUACUGCAGCAGCAAAUACAACGAGGCCAAGAUGUCUUCAUUUUCCGUCAGAGCGAGAACUGUAGAACAAUGUGAUCGAGGCGUUGGUCUUCUGUGGCCAGCCGGUCAGAACCCAUCAACAGCUGUGAUGAGCAGAGCAGAGAUGGGGAAACAGGAGGCAGUCAAAGCCAAAGAAGGUUUCGGCCUGAAGCUGUGUGUAUGACUGAAACAGAGCAAGGCCAGGACCCAAGGAAACCCCAGCAGCAAGGGAAAAAACAGAUUGACUCUCAGUGACUCAUUUAGCUCCUGGAUUGGACAGAUCUCUCCCCCGCUGGCAGUUUGGCUGAGCAUCAAUGGGACAGAUACCAGGAUGAAUAGCUUAAAAUAAUUAGGGGGCCAAUCUGCAAAACUGCUCUCAUCCAAUUCUUUACUGUGUGAUGAAAGACACAAAACAAAUUACAUUUAGAUUAUUAAAUAUUAAGUCACUGGAUUUACCUCCAUUUGGUCCAAAGCAGGAAACUGGAUAAAAUUCAAUUUUAUAUCAUUGUGUUGAUGGCCUGUUUUUCAUCAGAUGAGUGAGUGUUUGUUGGCAGGUCAGACUCUUUGACACAUGGGGAAAAUAGGUGCUUAAUUUAAAUGAGAAUUAAUGCAAUCAUAAUUAACACAAAUGUGAACAGAAUUAAACACAGGCAAGAGUUCAGUUUAAUGCUUAGCAGUUUAAACUAUAUGUUUUAGGAAACAUCCUGCUUCAGCUGAAGACAAUGGCGGUGUUGCCGCUGAAUUCAAUGGAAACCGGAGUAGGCCUUGUAGGUAGAGAGGCAGGGUUCCCUGUACUUUAUAUUUAAUGCACAAAAACAGAAGCAACAAGCUCAUUUAGUAUCAGUAAAGGUCAGUUAAAAUUAUAGAGACAUCCUUUGGAGCAAAUCUUCUGCCUUGUAUUUGCAUAUUUAUGAACUAGAGAUUAUGACAGGCCAUUCCAUUUAUUAGAGCAGUGCUGCUAUAGUUAAUAGUCUGUCAGCAUUUCCAUUAUAAACCCCGUUUUUCAGUGUUUUAAUUUCUCAGCCAUUUGAAAUCACAUCAGGAAGCAACGUAGCCCUUGUGUUGUCAGGCCAGGUGCAUUUUUUAAAAAAAAAUUAAAUAAAAAUAUAUUUAAAUGAGCUCAGCCAUUUCUGAUUGGGCAAAUGUCAUAA